UGUUCAGUUUGUUCUUUAUUAAAGUGACUAUUCUAUGAAAAUGAAUAUUAAAACUAGCAUCUUACUUCUCACAUUCUUUGGCAUCUUGUACGUUGAAAGUGCAGAUGGAAGGGUGCCUCAGGGUCUUCGUUACGCCUUGGUAAAAUUUACGGAUGAAACUCGUUAUUAUGGAUUCCUUAGGUUAGUGCCGCCAAACCAGCAUUUGGACGAUCCUCAUAGCCUAAGACCAAUGUGGAUGUCACUUGAUCGCGUAAACCUGCGUUUUAAUGCUUAUUAUAUUUAUAUGGAAAUGUCACAUCAGCGGCGUUAUAUUUCAGAAGCUCUCGAACAUUUAUUUGCAUAUAUUGCUCAUCAACCAGGUAGGGAGCUUCCAGAGUCAGCUCUUGUCUUCUUUGCAGAUCACAAAUAUUCAGCUAAAAAUUUUAUUGAGUAUGAUCCAAAUUUUCCACAUCCUUAUGUGGCAGACGACGACAAAGGCGGCCGCAUUUACAUAAAAAUAAAAAACACCAGAUGCAUCUAUUAUGCAGUUCUAAAGUAUAUGGGAACUUCCAAUGACGAUUUACCAUAUAUCCCACAGCCCCCGCCAGGGUAUUUUCACUAAUCAGCUGUAAAUUUUACAGCAUGUUGAUAUUAUUUAUCCUACAAGAAGACAUCACUAUUGGUUAUAAUCUUCGAGCAUGG